UCACGAUCCAACCAGAACUUCCAUUUACGGACAUUUAUAUCCGAUCGCUGUACACCGUAAGCCCAGUGCCUUUUAUAUAACAGGCGCCCGUAAUUUAUGUACUUAGGAUUGAACGCUACAUGCGAUCUUCGUUACCAUUACCAAUCGUGACUUUUACUUACAAGCUUGGAAAACGUAUUUAACCAUGUCGCUCUGUUCGAGAGCCCUCGGCAGACAGUGUUUACGAGCAUCGUCUACUUUCGCGAAAACUACGAGAAUGGCUACUUCAACUGCUCAGCUUAGAAACGUUCAUUCUUCAACACCCGCCGCGGCGGCACCAACACCUACCGCACUUGCCGAAUUUGGUCGGAAGACCAACACAAUUCCGAAGCCUCCAGAGUCGAGAGAAAACCCAGCCGUUGGUAUCGCACCGAGCCCAAACGAAAACAUAGGUCAAAGGCGAUUAGCGGAUUUUGACUUAAGCGGAAGGGUCUUUAUCGUAACUGGUGGCGCGCGGGGCUUGGGUUUAUCGCUAGCAGAGGCGUUAGCAGAGACAGGAGGAAAGGUUUAUUGUUUCGAUCGCGAACCAGAAGCGGAUAGUCAUUGGUCCGAAGCUGCGAGACGAGCUGACGAGUGGGGAGGUUCACUCCACUAUCGACAACAAGAUGUACAAGACACGGAGGGGCUCGACCGAACUAUCGAAGAAAUUGCGGAUAAGCAUCAACGACUUGAUGGUAUCGUCGCCGCGGCCGGCGUUCAACAUCUUUCCCCUGCCAUAGAAUGGACUAAGGAAGAAGUGAACCGAAUGAUGGAUAUCAACUACACGGGUGUCAUGAUGACUGCCACGAGCGCGGCUCGCCAGAUGUUUAAGUACAAGAUCCACGGCAGCAUGUGCUUCAUCGCCAGUAUGUCCGGCAGUAUCGCUAACAAAGGACUACUUUCCCCCGUAUACAAUUCUUCUAAAGCUGCGGUCGUCCAAUUGGCCCGGAACCUUGCGAUGGAGUGGAGCCCCAUCCGAAAAGACGGGACGGGCGGAAUCAGAGUCAACUGCAUCAGUCCGGGUCAUAUCUUGACACCUAUGGUGCUUAAGAACUUUGAAGAAGUCCCCGGACUGCGCGAGAAGUGGGAAAGUGAAAAUAUGAUGGGCCGAUUGGCGGAAACAAGCGAGUUUAAGGGUGCUGCGCUGUUCCUGCUAAGUAACGCCAGCAGUUUCAUGACGGGAAAUAACAUGGUUAUUGACGGCGGUCACACAGCAUGGUAGGAAUAACCAUCCCUCAAUUUCACGUCGGAGUUUGGGUUCGGAGUUUUUAAGUGAGGGAUUGAGCGAGCAUUUCGCGGCACCAAAGGGCCGUGCGGAUAAGGGAAAAGAUUCAUAUUCGAUUUGGCCUGGUGCCGAUGAAAAGGGCCGCAUCGACGGCUCCGCUACACCUUGCUCAUGUAUUCAUGACUAGAAGAUAUCCCAUUGACUAGAGAUACUUGUACAGUAGAAUUAAGAUUCAGGACAAUUGAAAAGUUAUUCAGAUUA